CUGUGCAGCACAACCUCAGCAGCUCCUUCAGCAUCUGUUUCUCAGCCUGAAGAAGCAACUUCUCCAACCGAAUCAUGAGCAAGAACUCCAUCAGCACCAAUGAGGAGCUUUUUAAGGGCGAUUACCUCCUCAGCAACAACGGCAACUAUAAAGCAGUCUUCCAGGACGACAGCAACUUUGUCAUCUACCAAUGGGCUCACAAGUGGGACACAAAUACCAGUGGCUCCGGAGGAUAUCGAGUCAUCAUGCAGGAGGACGGCAACCUUGUGAUCUACACCAGCUCUGAUAAACCAGUGUGGGGCAGUGACACCCACGGCGAUCAGAAUCCAAGGAUGCGGCUGGCCUUGACUGAUGAAGGUCAGCUGGUUGUGACCAGAAACGGUCAAAUCAUUUGGACGUCAUCCUAAG